AUGUAUCCAUCUUUGUGUCUGCAGUCCUCCUCCUCCUCCCAGGAGCGUCUUCACCAGCUUCCCUACCAGCCGACUCAAGAUGAGCUGCACUUCCUCUUCAAACACUUCCGCAGCACAGACAGCAUGACCGACGAGGAUGGGCGGCACUCCACGCUCAUACGACCUCGGUCUCGGAGCCUCAGCCCCGGGCGAUCAAACGUCUCAUUUGAUAAUGAGAUUGUCAUGAUGAACCAUGUUUACAAGGAACGUUUUCCAAAGGCCACGGCCCAGAUGGAGGAGCGCUUGUUUGAGAUUAUCACCCACUGCUCUCCAGACAGCUCCCUCCCUCUGGCUGACGGGGUGCUGGGCUUCAUCCAGCACCAGUUGGUGGAGCUGCUCAGAGACUGCCUGGACAAGUCCCAGAAAGGCCUGGUUACCUCCCGCUACUUCGCUGAGCUGCAGGAGAAGCUGGAGAAGCUGCUUCACGAGGUGGGGAAACAGCCAGCUGACCUGGGUCCAGCAGGACCAAUCUUGUUCUUCCGUUUCUUGUUUGCAGAUGACAUCAUUUGGCCGGAAGGAGACGAUGCCCUGCCUGCUGAAGCCCAGGAUCUGAUCACCCGCCUGCUAAGACAGAGUCCUUUAGACCGACUGGGAACUGGCGGAGCCUCGGAGGUCAAACAGAACCCUUUCUUCUUUGGUUUGGACUGGAAUGGACUCCUGAGACAGAAAGCUGAAUUCAUCCCGCAGCUGGAGGCGGAGGACGACACGAGCUACUUCGAUACUCGUUCAGAUCGUUACCAUCAUUUGGCAUCAGACGAGGAUGAGGAAACCAAUGAUGAAGAAUCUUCCUUGGAGAUCAGGCAGUUUUCAUCCUGGUCGCAUCGCUUCAGCAAGGUUUACAGCAGCACAGAACAUCUGGCCACGCCAUCCAACCUGAGCUUUUCCUCCGACCGCAGCCACAGCGAGGACAAAGAGGACCGCGGGGACGUGGGGGGACUGAGUCCCUGCCCGGGCACAGCAGAGGGCAGCGCCGAACGCAGACACGCCGGGCGCAUGGCCAGCCUGCGCCCUCGGGCUUCCUCCAGCUCCUCCCAGUCUGAGAGGAGCACCAGCCCUCUGGUGAUGAGCAGCACCCACAGCCUGGAGACCAUGCCCCGCUUCGCCCUCUCCACUGAUGAUGAAGCUGAGGUGGUCGUGUCAAACCUUCGGAGGAUCAGGAUACGCAGCAACAGCACCGGGGCCAAACACUCGUCCCCCAAAGAGCCGACCGGCCCUCGACGUUUCGGUAACCAGCUGGAGACGCCGGACAGACAGAGGCUGCCCUGCGGAGGGAAGGUUCCCAAAUCAGCCUCCGUCUCAGCCCUGUCCCUCAUCAUCACUACAGACGACUCGCCCAGCGGCCUCCAGCCCAGUCCCAUCUCCCCUCGCUCUCUGUCCUCCAACCCUUCAUCCCGGGACUCCUCCCCCAGCCGGGACUUCUCCCUCAGCCCGGGCAGCCUGAGGCCUCCCAUUAUCAUCCACACCUCCGGGAAGAAGUACGGCUUCACCCUGCAGGCCAUCCGGGUCUACAUGGGCGACAGCGAUGUCUACACAGUGCAUCACAUGGUGUCGAGUGUGGAGGAGGGGAAUCCAGCGUACGAGGCAGGGCUCCGCACUGGAGACCUCAUCACCCACGUCAACGGAGAGUCGGUCCAGGGCCUGGUCCACCCUGAGAUGAUAGAACUGCUACUGAAGAGUGGCAACAAGGUGUCUCUUCAGACCAUAGCACUCGAGAACACGUCAAUCAAAGUGGGUCCAGCGCGGAAGACCAAACACAAAGGGAAGAUGGCUCGUCGCAGCAGAAAGAGCAAGAGGAGAGAUAAUUACGACAGGCGACGAAGCAUCCUAAAGAAGCUGUCUAAGCAGAGCACAGUGAUACACAGCAGUCGCAGCUUUAACUCGGGUCUCCACCACUCAGUGUCCUCCAGUGAGAGUCUUCCUGGCUCCCCAACACACAGCCUUUCCCCCGGCCCCGCCACGCCCUGCCGGAGCCCCGCCCCCGACCAUCAGGCCUGUGACAACAACUCUCCUCAGAGCACGUCUCCCUGCUCCAGCUCUCCCAGUUCUCCCGCAGCACACAUCCGGCCCAGCUCUCUCCACGGCCUGGGCUCCAAACUCAGCACGCAGCGCUACACCAAGGCGGGCCGCCGGAAGUCAACCAGCAACAUCCCCCCCUCGCCCCUGGCCUGCAACUCUUCCUCUUCCUCAGCCCAGCCUCUCUCUCCUCAGCGCUCUCCCUCUCCACUCUCAGGCUUCGCCAAAAGCUUUCACAGUUACCACGGCAAAACUCUGUCCCCCCCCACCAUCGUCAGACAUAUUGUCCGGCCCCGCAGCGCCGAGCCCCCCCGCUCUCCUCUCCUGAAGAGGGUACAGUCCGCUGAGAAGCUGUCUGGUGUGUACCAUGCUGAUAAGAAGUCUUACACCCCCCGCCGGCACACGCUGGAGGUUCCGUUUUACGGCGAGGGGGACCUGCUGGGGGAUUUGGAGGCUGAGGGGUCCUGUGGAGGGUCCUACAUUGGUGUGGAUCUCAGCAGGCUGGGGGGGUACAUCGGCAGCCAGAGGUUGAGGGACUCUGGGAUGGAACGAUCGGAGCAGCUGGUCGUGAUGCGAAAACUCAACCUAUCAGAGCGAAGAGACUCUUUUAAGAAACAGGAAGCAGUGCAGGAGGUGAGCUUUGAUGAGCCGGAAGAGAAAUCCAGCACCCCAGGUCCGGGCGCCCAAACACAGCAACAGCAACAUCGGCACGGGACGGCCUGGACCCUCACUCGACCCCAGACCAGCGUGGAGGUGGAGCCAGAGGUGCCGGUGGUCAGGAGGUUCACUCUGGUGCCCCAGAUCGCCGUGCAGGGCUCAACAGAGAGCGAGCAGGAUGAGUGGGAGCCGUGUUCAGACGGCGAGGACACCAACAACGAGACAGCAGUGCCGCAGGCGGGCGCCCCUUCCUCUCAGCCACAACAGGCAGGACGUCCUCUUUGUGACAACAGCUGCAGUCCGGCAGCAGACAGCCCCCCCACUGGUCCUCAGGUUGGUCCUUCCACAGAGAAGACUGAGUGCAGAGAGGAAACUCCACAACAAGGGCAUUUGAAAAGUGACGACUCACCACUGCACUGACUUCAACUGCUCUCAUCUUUUAUUUGAAGUCUUUCAAAGUUGUAAAGUCAUUUACAAACUUCUAAUUGAGUAAGGAGAUGAUUUUACUUGAAUUUUUUUAAUUGUUCAAAUUUGCCUCAAGGCAUUGCAGACCUGCUGGUCUUAUUUAUUACAUAUAUAAACUAUGAUGAGUUAGUAAUGGUGAAAGAGGGAAGGUCUGAUUUAAAGAGCCAAGGGUCAACAUUUUUGUAUCCAUAAAAUGUGGUUUUGUCUUUUGACUGGAUUGCUUUUUGUAUAAAUGUCUAUUUUUUAAAUACAUUGUUGCAGUACAGAGUAGUUUGAUAAUGAUCAGCAUAAUUGUUGUAGGACCAAAAGGUACUAGUUUUUCUUUCAGUGUCAAUUUAGAUCUGAACAGUGCAGCUUUGAAUAGGUUACUGCUAUUCUAUUGAUCUUCAGAAACCUAAGGAUGACCUUUGGUUCACACUGUGAGCAACAUGGUUGAUGUGUCAACGUCUCUAUUGUCAGCUGUUGUAUCUUUAAUAUACAACAAUAAUAUGUUUUUGUUGCUGCUGCAGUCAAAGCUACCAAACCAGCAUGAAAGGAAAAAACGUGUUACUCUCUUUUUGCACUCGUCAGACACUGUAGUUUGUGCAAAAAUCACAUUGGUGAAGAAAAGAGCUGUGCUAUAGUUGUGAAAGAUAAAGUUCUUCCAUUUACUUGUUGGUCAUGUUUCUUACGGUGUGAAUUCGUGGUCACAGCAAACAUUUCCUCGAGUUUAUAACAGGUCAGUGCAGGGUAAUAUUGCACACAGAAAGUACAAUCUGUUACAUGAUAUAGUCGAUUCAAAAAGGGUUUUAUGUGCCACCAGUGCAGCGUCCUCUAAGCCAUAUCGUUAAAGGCAGAAAUGUCAAUGGAUGUUUCUAAGUACGUGUUGUUUCCCGCUGGUAUUGCAGUCUUGACAACAUUUUCUGUAAAUUGAAGUUCAGGAUGAAGAACGCGACACACUUUGCUCUGUUGCUACUCGAUAUAAUCUCAGUGUGAUACCAUAUAGUAGAGGUAACUCAAACGUAUAUUUUUCUUGCUCACUAUAUGGAACCUUCAAACACAGAUUCAGCAUGGCUCCUCGUCUCGCUUGUUCUUCUCAAAGCAUGCCAUUUACUGGGGGGGAAAUAGAGCAGCCAAAUUGAAGUUUACGUCUUCUUCAAAGUUUUGUUGAAAGCAUUUGAGUAUUUAUUUUUUGGUCUUUUCUUACCUAUAAUAUCAACACAUUUUGUACCUGGAAAAGUUUGGCAACCUUGUGUAUUUUUGGAGUAUCUUUUCCUGAAACUGUAGCUUUCGUCUUUGUUUUUUCAGAUGAGCAUGUAAGAGACACCAUGCCUACAAGACCUGUUCCUACUUAAUUUACCGUGUAGUAAUGUUUACAUCGAAAGGAAAAGUGCACUAAUGUAUUUUGACAUGCAUUUUGUCAGAGAAUGUUGAAGGUAAAUUGAAAAUGGCAGAGGGACACAUCCUUACAUUGAAUCCAAAUCCAGGGCUUCUUUGAACAAAUAUUUGUAUUUGUAUUGUACAAAAAUUGAUGUAUAUUUUGAUAACGAGGGUGUAUAUAAUUCCAGACGUGUUAAAGGAUGUGAAAUGCACAAUGACUAGUCGAGGCACCAGGAUUUUUGGGAAGUCUGACUUGAGGGAAUGGGCUGUUAGUGUUUUGGUUGUACUUCCUGAGUUUUGAGGUUUAUUGUCUUAUUUGUCAGUGGCUGUUGCUGAAUUUUGUACCAACUUUCUCCUGAGUCUUCUGUUUCUAAAGCUUCAGAGGUAUUGAUAUGUAACCUAAGUUUCUCUUCCUCCUGAAAUCUCAAGAUGACCACCUUUUAGAGUGUUGCCGUGUCAGCGAGCAGCACAGAGAUUUUGUCGCUGAAUGGCUCAGUUAUUUUCGCAGUCUGACAGAAUUGUUUACAACGAACAAACAUGCUAUGUACUGUACAAACAUUUUCUAUCCUGUGGCUGUAUGAUGAAACUACCCUCUUUGAUACCUCGAAAGAAACAACACUCAUCAGAGUAACAUAUCCGUUUCUGUUUUGUUUUUUACAAAAUGUUCAUAAAGAGUCAUUUAGCACCGAGCUGAGAAGCAUUGAGUGUGUUUACAUCCACUUAAUUCAUGGGUUGAGCCUUUUGAAAAUAUAUUUGUUUGUAGAUAACAAUACUAUCCAGGCAAAGGGAUGAUGAUGGCCAUGUGUACAUCUAAUAUAUGUAUACAUCUAUUUUGUGCAAAUUAGGGCAGGUAAUGCUCCGGAGGGAUGAAUAGAAAAUACACGUCAUUGUUCUAGAAGUACGUUUAUUAAAAUUAAAUGGAAAAGUUAAAUCCAACAAUCGUCAAAUAUGCAAGUAUUAUUUCCAAUAUCAUAUGGCUAAAAGUUUUGGGGAACCCUUUUUGCAGUGCAUGUAACCUUAAUUGAUCUGAAUACCAUUGUAUCGACGUGAAUGUAAAUAUAUUCAAUGCUUGAAAAAAACGUCAUUCACUGGAGGUCCUCAAAGACACGACUCUCAGCUGGUGUUAAACUUGCUCUUAAGGAAUAAACUGGCAGGUCAAAUCGUUGUACAUGUGCAUGUUUUCUCCUGUGCACUCUUCUGUUCAGUGCAUGCUGCAUGGGACAAGCACACACCUGUGUUACUUGAUUGCAUGGUAUACCGGCCCUGUCGCCCUGUACUGUGUUUUCUUGUGCAACAAAUAAAAUGUGUUUUUCUCUCUGACUCAUCCUUA